AUGGCGUGCAACAACGAAGCAGUCAAAAAAUUUGUGCAGAAAAUUAUAGACGAAAAUGUCAUUGCGGUGUUUUCGAAAACGGAAUGCCCGUACUGCAUGAAGGCCAUCUCCAUUUUGAAAGGAUAUAACGUGAGCAAUAUGCAUGUAGAACAAAUCGAGAAGAACCCCAACAUGGCGGACAUCCAAGCCUACUUAAAAGACCUAACAGGAAAGAGCUCCGUGCCACGCAUAUUCAUCAAUAAGGAGAUUGUCGGCGGAUGUGACGACUUGGUGAAGGAGAACGAAGAGGGAAAACUCCAAGAGCGCCUGAAGCAACUAGGCCUUCUCAGUUAA